UUAGACGCUUUAGUGGACGUUUCGUAAACAUGGCUAAGUUUGUUCUUGCGGGCAAAGCUGAUUGUCCUUAUUAUGCAAAGGCUGAACUUCUUGCAGAUGUGCUGCGACAAAAACUGCCCGACUUUCACAUUCACAAGAUUUGUGUGCAUCCAACUGAUUGGAAGGUGUGGCUGGAGGACACGUGUGCAUUACAUGGCUGGAAGCAUUCGAGUUCUCCUAUAGUGUGGAGGGAGUUGGUGGAUCGUGGUGGGAAAGGCAUGCUGCUUGGUGGAUUCAGUGAUUUUCUUGAGCAUGCACGGGGUUACUAUGGCAUCACCUCAGAUAUGACCACUGAUCUGAUGCUAAAAAUUGCAGCAGAGAAUCUUCAAACGAAAGAACUGUGCAUGCGGGAGGAAUUUCAAAGAUGCAACUCACUCACACCACUACACGUAUGGAUCAGCAGUGCAUUGAACCCGGUCUGCUACAACCUCAUUCCUCAGUUAUUCACCCCAGGACCGUUCCCAAAUUCCCCCGCCAUCAACCUUCACCUCCUUGAUACUGACGGCUCUGUGGAACAGUUACGAGAGCUCAAGAUAGAGACGGAAGACCUCGCGCUACCUCACCUCCAUGAGGUCACCAUCCAUUCAGACCAAACCCAAGCGUUUCAUCAAGCCCACUUCAUCAUCGUUCUGGAUGACCCGCUCUCAAAACGUGACCGUAAUGAUGAGCAGGAUGACAAGGAGCACGCGGUGAGCCGGGUGGCAGAGCGUUUUCGUUGCUACGGGCAACUUAUCGAGGCAAACGCACAGAAAGAUGUGCGAGUGCUGGUGGCGGGAGACGUCUUUAUUAAUCUGAAGUGCUCGCUGCUGAUAGAGAACGUGCCCUCGGUCGACCCGUGCAACUUUGUGUCGAUGGCAACGCAACUGGAGUGUGAAGCGAAAGCUCAGCUCGCACAGAAGUUAGCAGUGAAGACAACAGACAUCACUAACAUCAUCAUAUGGGGAAACAUCACCGGCAAUUACCACAUUGACCUACAGAAGGCGGCGGUUUUCAGAUACAAUGGUGCUGUUUGGGGACCAGAUCGUUUUUCUCAACCAGUCUUAGACAUGAUUUACGAUCGGAAAUGGCUGGAGACAGAUUCUGUGAGAUUAGUACGUGAACGUCGUGCCACAAUUUCAUCAAAGACCAACAAAGCCACAGGCGUGUCAACCACCAAUGGGAUAUUGGCAGUUUUAAGAGCCUGGAACAAUGAUACGUCUGCAGAUGAAUUCUUCUCAUUGGGUGUAUACAGCACAGGACAGUUUGGUAUACCAGAAGGUUUGGUGUUUUCUAUGCCUGUGAGUUUCAGAGCUGGUCAAUGGUCACCUCGACUGGAUGUUUCUGUAACAGAUGAGCUAAAGACAAAGCUUGAGGCUUGUACCGAUGAACUUAAAACGGUCAGUAUGAGAAUAAAAUACUUGACAUGGCACACGGUUUUGUGCUUACCAUUAAGUUUACAUUUUUUUGUUAUGCAUUUGGAAGACACAUUUUCCAAAGCAAAAUAUUCAAGCUAUACAAAUAUGCUAUUAAAGGAGCAAUGUGGAGAUUUUAGCGGCAUCUAGUGGUGAUGUUGUGAAUUGUAACAAACGGCUCACUCCCCCCUCCCUUUCGAAGCACUACGGUGGCUGACACAGGACUAAGAUGUUGUAACGUUUUUGCUUCUUUGUUGAUGGACAUAGAAACACAAUGCUUCAUCAUGUAAGGUCUUUAUACAACUCUGAAGACAUAGUUAUGUAUACUAUAUUGCAAUUCUGUCAGUAGAUCCUCUUGAAUAUUACAUACAGCACCUUUAAAGGGGUCCUAUUUUCUCUAUUUUUGAAAGUCUUCAUUAUGUUCAUGAUGUCCUAAACAAUAGGUGUAGAUGUUUCGAUAUAUAAAAAAUGCUUUGUAUAUUACAUAUUUCACCGGUGUUUUACACCCUCACCUCGAAUCUCAUAAAACAGGCUGUUGAGUUCCUGGUUCUAUGAAGUCCCUCCUUCUGAAACGCUCUGAUUGGUCAAGCUGAGUUAUCGUGAUUGGUCUACCACUUAGAGUGCGUGUUGAGAUGUUCAAUGUAAAUUUUAGGAUUCAUGAUGUCACUAACCCAGGAGAAAGUUUGUUGUAGUCCCAACGAUCCGUUCAUUGUAGUCUAAUUUCUGAUAAAGAAAAUAUAUUUCUUUCUGUGAACUUUGAGCGUAGCGACUUGGCAGAUGUCGUUUAUGCUCAAACAGCUAUACUACUCACUACAUUUAAAGAAGUGAAAUUCCAUCAGACCUCCCCUUUAAUAUACAUGUAUGUAUUUAUUUGCCCUGCAGGAGAGGCACAUUGCAGCUGGAAUACUGAAGGAACGUGUGUCUGAGGAUUCACUCCAUCAAUGAAAACGUGAUGAUGCUUUCAAU